GGGGGUGUGGUCUGUUCUCACAGCAGAGGUCGCGCACCCGCUCUCCUGCGGGAAGCUGCGGGCGGGCGAGCGGCUGCGCGCGCAGUCCAGCUUAGGCUCCUCCCCGUCCUGGCUCCAGAGCCCGCGAGUGGCUUGCUGCUUCUCCGCCCUCCGAGAUGGCGCUGGACCCCGCAGAGCAGCAUCUCAGACAUGUUGAGAAAGAUGUCCUGAUUCCAAAGAUAAUGAGAGAGAAGGCCAGGGAAAGGUGUUCUGAACAAGUUGAAGAUUUUACCAGAUGUUGCAAGGACUCCGGGAUCCUUAUGGUAUUAAAAUGCCGGAAAGAGAAUUCUGCACUGAAAGACUGUCUAACUGCUUACUAUAAUGAUCCAGCCUUCUAUGAAGAAUGCAAACUGGAGUAUCUCAAGGAAAGGGAAGAAUUCAGAAGAACUGGAGUUCCUACCAAGAAAAGGCUCCAGAAGCUUCCCACAAGCAUGUAGGCAAACAGUGAGUCAGACGUCCCAUCAUGGAAGCCAUCUGUAGUGUCAGUCAGAAACGAUGGACUGGAACAAUGCUGCUCAUCCUAAUCAUGAAAACAUUCAUUUUUUUUAAUGAAAUAAAAAUAUUUAUUUCAGAGUUCUGGCUUAUUAAAUAUGGGAUGGGGAAAAUAAAUAAAGUUUUCCUGGCCUUAACCCAA